GGGGGAGAUAGAUAGAUAGAUAGAUAUGGGGAGAAUGCUCUACUCACCAGGGACAAAUUAUAUAUCCUAAAGCCAUGAACCCCAAAACCUACCACCUCCUGGCACACCCUACCUACCUACAGUUAACACACAGUUAAUCCCUAUUAUGGUAUUAUUCCACUGAUUGAGUGUAAGACUCUCAUAACCCAAUCAUUUCACCUCUAAGCUUUCUUGCAUUGUCUCAUACAUGAGCUUUUUGGGGACACCUCACAUCCAAACCAUAAUAAUUAUUCUUUUGAUAAAAUUUGUUAAGAAUUGAAAAAUAUAGGGCAAAGGGCCAAGGGAGAGUUAUUUAGAAUGGUAAUGACUUGAAAAUGCCAUAUUCACCUUCUAACAAUAGAAGUUUUUUUAAAGAUAGAGUGAGAGAGAGGGAGAGAGAGAAUUUUUCAAUAUUUAUUUUUUAGUUAUUGGCGGACACAACAUCUUUGUUUUGUAUGUGGUGCUGAGGAUUGAACCCGGGCCGCAUGCAUGCCAGGCGAGAGCGCUACCGCUUGAGCCACAUCCCCAACCCCUAAAGAACUGCUUUAAAUAAAAAGAAGUAAUCCUCUGGAAGUGAAGGAGUGAGGACUGGCACAUGGAGAGUUUCUGGAAUGAUUGAUAGGAGUGGUGUUAAGUAUUUGAAUGAUUACUGAGAGGAAUAAAAGAAAAUUUUAACCAAUAUCUAAAUGAAUUUGGUGCAUAGCUAAGCUUAGUUUAUAUGAAUUUGUAGUGAAAGAAAACAAAUCUUUUAAAAUUUAGUCCUAAUGCUACAUUUCAAUUUUGAGAUUCAAGAGUAACAUAUGAAAUCAAUGAAUGAUAAAGACAAAGAUUUGAAAGUUCUAUGCUAGAAAUGGGGCCUACAUGAUUUUACCUUUAUAUGUCUAGCAAUUUGUUUUUUCAUUAACUUGCAUUUUAGUAUUAUAACUUGAGUUGGAAAUAUUUGGAGAAUAGUUUAUAAACAGUUGAUUGGCCAAACUUUGAAUUCCUCAACCCAUAGAAAAUUUGCAUAUGAAGAGUAUUUUUUUCUACUUUUUCUGUUUCGUUUGAGCAUGUUUUUAUUUUUGCCUAGAUCGUUUUUAUCUCCAUCAUCUCUUAUUUAUUCUUAUGACAAAAAUGGCACUGAACAUUCUGAGCCUUUGUUAGCUCAGAUGAAUUGCAAUUAUAAUGGAUAUGUUGCAGGUUUUAUAAAUUCUCUUGUGACACUCAACACUUGUUCAGGACUCAGGGGAAUAAUGCAAUUCAAAGAUGUUUCAUAUGGAAUUGAACCAAUUGAUGCUCUAUCAGGAUUUAUACACAUGAUUUAUGAAGAAAAAAGUAAUCAAAUUAAUAUUCCUCACUCGGGAAAAAGAGUCAUUUAUGCUGAGUCUGAUGAACCACUGCAUGAAGGAAAAAAAGCAAUACCUAAAAAUGAAUAUUCCUCAUCAUUAUUCCCUCGGUAUCUUGAAUUGCAUAUUGUUGUGGAUAAAAAUCUGUUUGAUUAUAUGGGCUCUGACGUAAAGACUGUAACACAGAAGGUCAUUCAUGUCAUUGGCCUUGUUAACACUAUGCUUGCUCAGUUAAAACUGACUAUCAUACUAUCUUCUAUUGAAAUCUGGUCAUAUAAAAACAAAAUUUCUACUGUAGGAGCUCUUGAGAAUGUGUUAUUUAGAUUUUUGAAUUGGAAACAUGACAACUUUAAAUUUCAUAAUAACAUUUCAUAUUUAUUUGCGUAUUACAUUUCCAGGAAAAGUAUGUGAAAAUAAUUUUGAUGCAGGAAUUGCUCUGGUAUGUAAUCAUUAUCUAAUUUGCUUCCACUAUUUUUAUGUUCAAAAUUUCCUAAGUAUUUUAAAUCAUGAAUAAAUAUAUUGCUAAUAUUUUACAAAUUCUUGUAUAGCUUUUAUAUUAGUACUUGGGAACACUAAGAUUAAACUUUAAACAUAGCUUUAAAAAGAUAAUAUUGGAUAGUCCGUCUGCUCCUCAAUAUCAGAUUUUUUUUUUUUUUAAAAAAAAGCAUAUUUGGUCUUCGUAAGUCAAAUUUUCAAAUUUUAACUUUUUGAACAUUGGUAUGCUAGUCCUCAAUAUUAAUUAUAUAACCACUGCAAUUUUAGGUUCAUCCUUUAGUUUUGAUUUUCUAGUUUAAUUAUUGGUAUACAUUAUAUACUAUUUAUUUUAAAAAUUAGUAUUUUUAAUAGGUAAUUAGUAUAUUAUUGCAUUAUGUUUGGGAGGAGCAGAAUGUUGUACUAAAGAUCUACUAUUGAAUAUUACUAUUUUGUGAGGUUAUGUUUUACUAUGUUUAUAGAAUAAUCUGACACUUCCUAGACACUUGUUUUUAUUUCUCCAUCUUUGCUUUUGUUUAUCUCUCAACCAGUAUUUGAGAAGUAACCAUCAGCACUUGUUUGGAUUAUUGGUGCCAUUGAAAAUAAUGUUUUUAAUUUUUUUUUGAGGUCUGAUUUCUAAAAAUUUGUUGUUAUUAGUUAUGCAUGAUAGUAGAAUGUAUUUUGACAUGUCAUACAUGCAUGGAAUAUAACUUCCCAUUCUUGUGAUUGUACUUGAUGAGAGGUUACACUGGUUGUGUAUUCAUAUAUGAACAUAGGACAGCUAGGUUAGAUUCAUUCUACUGUGUUUCUCAUUUUGACCCCCCUUAAUUCCUCCUAUUUCCCCCAUCCAAUUCAGUGAACUGAUACUCCUACCUCUCACCACCUAUUGUGAGUCAGCAUUCUCAUAUCAGAGAGAAUAUUUGGCUUUUGGCAUUUGGGGAUUGGUUUACAUCACUUAGCAUGAUAAUCUUCAUUUCCAUCCAUUUAUCAGCAAAUGCCAUAAUUUCAUUCUUCUUUGUGGCUGAGUAAUGUUCCAUUGUAUAUAUGUACCACAUUUUCCUUAUCCAUUCAUCUGUUCACAUCUGUUCAAGGAACCUAGGUUGAUUCCAUAGCUUGGCUAUUGUGAAUUGAGCUGCUAUAAACAUUGAUGUGGUUGCACCACUGUAGUAUACUGUUUUUAAGUCCUUUGGAUAUAAACUGAGGAGUGGGAUAGCUGGGUCAAAUUGUGGUUCCAUUCCAGGUUUUGUGAGGAAUCUCCAAACUGCUUUCCAUAUUGGCUGCACAAUUUUGCAGUCCCACCACCAAUGUAUGAGUGCACCUUUUCCCCACAUCCUCACCAAUAUUGAUUGUUACUUGUAUUUUUUCUUUGAGUGACAAAUUUAUUAUUUUAAUUAGGUAUAUAUGACAACAGAAUGCAUUUUGAUUCAUUAUACACAAAUGCAGCACAACUUUUCAUUUUUCUGGUUGUAUAAGAUGUAGUGUCCUACCAUAUGUGCAGUCAUACAUGUACCUAGGGUAAUAACGUUCAUCUCAUUCCACCAACGUUCCUGCCCCCAUGCAAGCUCCCCAACCCUCCCCUUUGACUAACCACAGUUCCUCCAUUUUCCAAUGCCCCCCGCCUGCCAUUAUGGAUCAGCAUCCACUUAUCAGAGAGAACAUUUGGCCUUUGGUUGUUUGCAUUGGCUAACUUCACUUAGCAUGAUAUUCUCCAACUCCAUCCACUUACCUGCACAUGCCAUAAUUUUAUUCUCUUUUAAUGCUGAGUGAUAUUCCAUUGAGUAUAUACACCACAGUUUCUUUAUCCAUUCAUAAAUUGAAGGGCACAUAGGUUGCUUCGAUGGUUUAGCUAUUGUGAAUUGAGCUCCUAUAAAUGUUGGUUUGGUUACUAUAGUGUGCUGAUUUUAAGUACCUUGGUUGUAGAGAUGGGAGAGGUUAGCUGCUUCAAAUGGUGGUUCCAUUCCAAGUUUUCUAAGGAAUCUCCAUACUGCUUUCCAGAUUGAUUGCACCAAAUUGCAAUCAUAUAUGCAUAUAGGGUAAUAAUGUCCAAUUUAUUCUAUUAUCAUUCUUAUCUCUGCUCCCUUUAUUCCCCACUGUCUAGUCUAAAAUACCUCUAUUCUAUCCACCCCCAUACCAUUGUGCAUCUGCAUAUCAGAGAAAACAUUCGGUCUUUGGUUAUUUGGCCUGGCUUAUUUCACUUAGCAUAUAUUCUCCAGUUCCAUCCAUUUUCUGGCAAAUGCCAUAAUUUCAUUCUUUUUAAAGGUUGAGUACUAUUCCAUUGUGUAUACCUCUGAGUUCUUGAUUAUUUCUUUUGCUGUGAAGAAGCAUUUUAGUUUUAUAAGAGCUUAUUUAUUAAUUCUCAAUUUUUCUUCUUGUGCCUUAGGAGUCUUGUUGAGGAAUUCGGUUCCUAAGCUGACAUGAUGGAGAUUUGGGCCUACUUUUUCUUUUAUUAUGUGUAGUUUUUCUAGGUCCUUGAUCCACUUUGAGAAGAGUUUUGUUCACUGUGAGAAAUAGGGUUCUAAUUUUAUUUUAUUACCCAAGGAUUUCUAGUUUCCCCAGCACCAUUUGUUGAAAAUCUAUCUUUUCUCCAAUGCAUAUUUAUGGCACUUUUGUCUAGUAUGAGAUAACUGUAUUUAUGUGGUUCUGUCUGUAUGUCUUAUCUUCUAUACCAGUGUAUAAUUUAAAGUCUGGUAUUUUGAUGCUUCCUGCUUUACUUGCUGAAGAUUGCUUUGGCUAUUCUGGGUCUCUUAUAUUCCAAAUGAAUUUCAUGACUGCUUUUUCUGUUUCUCUGAAGAAUGUCAUCAGAACCUCAAUAGUAAUUGCAUUAAAUGUAUAUAGAUAGUUCUUUUGGUAGCAUGGCCAUUUUUACAAUAUUAAUUUUGCCUAUUCAGAAUCAUGGGAGAUCUUUCCAUCUUCUAAGGUCUUCUUGGAUUUUUUUCUUUAGUGUUCUGUAGUUUUUAUUGUAGAGGUUUUUCACCUCUUUUGUUAGAUUGAUUCCCAAAUAUUUUAUUUUCUUUGUGGCUAUUGCGAAUGGGAUAAUUUUCCAUCAGUUGAUUCAUCACUGGUAUAUUGGAAUGGAAUGAUUUAUGAGUGUUAAUUUUAUAUCCUGAUACAUUGCUGAAUUCAUUUAUGAGUUCUAGAAGUUUUCUGGUGGAGAUUUAUGGUCUUCUAAAUGUAGGGAAUUAUAUAGUCAGCAAAUAAGGAUAAUUUGAGUUUUUCUUUUCCUCUUUCUUCUAAUUGCUCUGGUAGGUUUUUCAGUACUGUGUAGAACAGAAGUGGUGAAAGAGGGUCUCCCUGUCUUGUUCCAGUUUGCAGAGGAAAUUCUUCCAAUUUUUCUCCUUCUAGAAUGGUGUUUGCCUUGGGUUUAUUAUAUAUAGCUUUUAUUAUGUUGAUGUGUGGUCGUAUCAUCCCUAAUUUUUCUGGUGUUUUGGUCAUGAACGGAUGCUGUAGUUUGUCAAAUGCUUUUCUUGCAUCUAUUUAUAGAAUCAUGAAAUUCUUGUCAUUAAGUCUAUUGAUGUUUACAUUUAUUGACUUCUGUAUGUUGCACCAACCUUGCAUGCUUGAGAUGAACCCCAUUUGAGUAUGGUGCACUAUCUUCUUAAUAUAUUUCUGUAUGCAAUUUGCCAGUAUUUUAUUAAGAAUUUUUUGUAUCUAUGUUCAUUGGGGAUAUUGGUCUGAAGUUUUCUUUCCUGAUGCAUCUUUGUCUGGUUUUGGUAUCAUGGUGAUCAAAUUAAUUUGGAAGUGUUCCUUCCUUUUCCGUUUCAUGGAAUAAUUUGAGUAGGAUUGGGGGUAGUUCUAUUUAAAGUUCAGAUAGAACUCAGGUGAGAAUCCCUCUGGUCCUAGGCUUUUGUUUGCUGGUAGGCUUUGAUGACAUGUUCAAUUUCUUUGCUUAAAAUUGAUCUGUUUAAAUUUUCUAUGUCCUCCUGAUUCAAUUUGUGUAGGUCAUAUGUCUCUAAAAAUUUGUUAAUGUCUUCCAAGAUUUUCUAAUUUAUUAGAGUAUACAUUUUCAAAAUAGUCUGAUUAUUUUUGUUAUUUCAGUGGUGUCUUUUUCAUUAUAAAUUUCAGUAAGUUUUCUCUCACAUUAUUAGGUUGGUUAAGGUUUUACCAAUUUUAUUUAUUUUUUCAAAGAUAUAACAUUUUGUUUCAUUAAUUUUUUGUUUUAGUUUCUUUAUUUCUCCUCUGAUUUUCAUUAUUUGCUGUCUUCUGCUGCUUUGGGUGUUGAUUAGUUCUACUUUUUCUAGGACUUUGAGAUAUAAUGUUAGGUUAUUUAUUUGGUGACUUUCUAUUCUUUUAGUGAAUGAGCUCAAUACAAUGAACUUUCCUCUUAGACCUGCCUUCAUAGUAUCCCAGAGAUUUUGAUAUACUGUAUCACUAUUUUCAUUUAUAGUUAAGUAAAAUUUCAUCCCUGAUUUCUUCUGCUAUUCAUUGGUCAUUCAAUAUGGUAUUAUUUUGUCUCCAAGUAUUGGAGUAGGUUCUAUUGUUUAUUUUAUUGUUGGUUUCAGAUUUCAAUCCAUAUGACCUGAUAAUAAUGAAGGUAUUCUCUCUCUCUCUCUCUCUCUCUCUCUCUCUCUCUCUCUCUC